UCCUCCCCCACUCACUCAAACACGUCCUUUUUUUCCCCUGUCUCUCUCACACACACAACCUGGUUAUAAAUAUUAUUGUACGAACCCUAAUCCGAAUCAACCAUUAGCGCCCGCCCGCCGAUCACCGCCUUUGUAGAUCGUCAUACUCAGAUCUCUCCAAAAUUCACAUCGAUCUGGAGAUCCGACGGUCGUUAUCAUGUCUAGCAAGGGCUGUUCAUCACCAUCGCCACCGAUUGUGAUACGAUCUGUGUGGGCCUAUAACCUAGAACCGGAAUUUCGCUUAAUUCAAUCCAUCAUCGACGAUUACCCUUACGUUUCAAUGGACACGGAGUUUCCGGGCGUCGUUGUUCGCCCAAACGCCGGUUACAACUACAUCUGUCAGCAGACCCCUUCCGACCACUACCUCCUCCUCAAAUCUAAUGUUGAUGUCUUGAAACUUAUCCAGGUCGGUCUAACCCUCACCGAUGCGAACGGAAACCUCCCCGAUCUAGGCGAAACCGACUCCCAAACCCGUUUCAUCUGGGAGUUCAACUUCAAGGAUUUUGAUCCGUCUCGGGAUCAGUACGCUUCUGACUCGAUCGAGCUGCUGAAGCGACAAGGGAUUGAUUUUCAGAAGAAUCACGACUACGGGAUAGACUCGGUCAAAUUCUCUGAGCUGAUGAUGUCGUCGGGGUUGGUCUGUAACGAGCUUGUGAGCUGGGUUACGUUUCACAGUGCUUACGAUUUCGGGUACUUGGUUAAGAUCUUGACUGGGCGAGGUUUACCCGAUGAAAUGACGUUGUUUAUGGAGCUUUUGAAAACUUUCUUUGGGGAUAAGGUGUAUGAUGUUAAACACCUGAUGAGGUAUUGCGAAGGUCUUUAUGGUGGUUUGGAUCGGGUGGCUAAGACCCUCGAGGUGGAGAGGGCAGUCGGUAAAUCUCAUCAGGCCGGGUCAGAUAGCUUACUGACAUGGCACACCUUUCAGAAGAUUAGGGAUCUUUGCAGCGGUGGGCAUGAGAAAUAUGCUGGCGUUCUUUAUGGGUUAGAGGUUUUCUGAAAUGUUUUCAUCAUGGUAGAUAGUAGAAUUUCCCCUUUUAAUCCUAUUAGCAAAUCAACAGUUGUAUAUUUGUUGGCUUUUUAAUAUCAUUCUCCUUUUGAUAUUCCUUUUA